AAAAUAUUUCUACACAUACGUGCACUUACGCGUGUAUUGUCAUAAAUUUAAAAAUAAAUGAACUGUUUCUUCCUUUGAAUAAUGAAAUGGAAUUUCAUGUUGACAUUCUGCUGUUUUCUUAUCACAUCGGUAUAUUUCUCUUCGAUACUUUCCCUAUUCAGCUUCUUACAGAAAAGGUGUGUAAAUCGGUGCCUGCAGGCACUCCAGUGACACUUUUCGUACGAAAAGUUACUAGCGUGAGGGGAGUAAGUCGGACAUCUCUGUUACGGUUUGUUAGUUGGUAGAGUGUACACUCGAUUACUCGUAAUCGGGAUUUUCGUGAUUCAUUAUCGGCGACACAAAAUUACAAGUACUUAAACGGUUGUUAGAUAAGUACUAUCUAGUUGAAAUAUUUGAUUCUGUUCUCUAUUCAAUGUAAAUAAUCGUCAUCAGAUGGCGCAAGUUGACGAAGAAAGUCUGCGCAAAUUAAGAUUCAGAAGGCACGACUAACGUUGACAUUUGAUGCGAAAUGAUGUAUACGAUCCAUUCAUUUAUUUCAUAAUCACGAAUUUCCGUGGUGAAGAACGUCACGUUAAACGAAUAACGUGGAACGAUUCGUACAAAAUUGUAGAACGGUGUCAUUAACUUCUGAAAUGGUGGAUCACUCGCUACCAUCGGACAUUCUUGACGAUCUUAGCAGUCGAUUCAUCAUCAAUGUGCCCGAAGAAGAGCGAAAAGAUUUAGUUCGAAUAUGUUUUCAAAUUGAACUAGCUCACUGGUUCUAUUUAGAUUUCUAUUGUACAGAUGAAAAUCCAAAACUCAGACCAUGCAGUAUGAGAGAGUUUGCUACGCACAUUUUUUUCCACAUACCGUUUUUAAAACCACACGUCGCUAAUAUAGAUAACAUUCUUGAACAAUGGCGAGAUUAUAAACUAAAUGUUCCCACAUUUGGGGCUAUCGUGUUGAAUGAAAAUUUAACCAAAGUACUGCUUGUACAAAGUUAUUGGACAAAAAACAGUUGGAGCUUUCCUAAAGGCAAGGUCAAUGCAGACGAGGAUCCUUCUCGUUGCGCGGUGAGAGAAGUUUUGGAAGAGACUGGCUUUGACAUUUCAAAUUUGAUAAAUGAAAAUGAGUAUAUUGAAUUGAUGAUAAAUGAACAAUUUGUGAGAUUAUAUAUAAUAUGCGGUGUUCAAAAAGAUACAAAAUUUCAACCGAAAACAAGGAAGGAAAUAAAAAAUGUGAAAUGGUUCUCUUUAGCAGAUUUACCUAACAACAAGAAGGACAUGACACCAAAAGUAAAAAUAGGAGUUGGCCCAAAUGCGUUUUUCAUGGUAAUUCCCUUCGUUAGGAGAAUGAGACGUUGGAUACAAGAAAAACAUUUGCGGGAAAAAAAUAUAAACACUGUACGAAGACACAGACACAAAUCUCUUGGCGAUGUCGAAACUGUUUCAAAAGGGAAACAGCAACAGCAACAACAACAGCAACAACAACAGCAACAGCAACAGCAACAGCAACAGCUACUUACUCAUUCGGGUCAAGGUGAUAUUCCAAGUAUUAAAGACUUCAUAAACUGUCGACAAUCUAACACGUCACCCGUUCGGAGCAAAGUCUGGGUCAAGUGUCCACGGCGUAUGUACGAGAAUGUGUACGAUAAUAAAAGUACUACAUCAAAAGCAGCGAUCAAACGUAAUUUAUUCGGUGAACAAAACGAGGAUGAAACUUCGACUACUCUCGCGAAACAACUAACGGAGAGUCCACGGUGUCGGCCAACCUGUGCAUCUGUACUGAUUCCUAUCGUUAAGUCUUCAGAAUAUAACGAGUUUGAUUAUGAAACGCAAGAAAUUGUAACAGAUCAAUUGUCUCAAUCGCGGAAAUCUCGAAAUACCGAAAUUUCAGAAGAAAAUAUAAAAUCUUUAUUAUUUGACAAAGCAGCAAGCAAAUUACCGACAGACUUAAAAACUGUGUCUUCUCCAUUCGUUGCGAUGGAUUAUAGCGCACGAUUCCUUCCGACGGACGAUUUUGAAACACGGAAGUACUCCGCGCAGCUGUGUUCGAUAAUUUGGGAACACUUCAAGUUUGAUAAACAAGCGAUACUUAGUUGCUUAUAAAUUGAUUUUACAGAAACGAUUAUUGUUUUUUUAAGGAAAAGGUAGAACCACAAAUUUGUUCUACAAAUCUAUACUUAUAUAAUUGUAUUAACUUUUAAUGGUAUUUAUGUAGAUUUAUGGAUGAUUACGUGUCAAAAUUUCGAAUCGAAUAUAAUUUUAAACACUCGUAAUCUCGUAACAGCAUCUCGUUAGAAUUGUAUUUUGCUCUUGAUUGGUCCAACAGUGUACGAUAAGAACAAUAAUAUAAAAUGAACGAGGCGUUGAUCUGUAAUCGAUAUUAAGUAUUUAACGGUUUUGUUUAUUAAUGACGCGUUUAAGAUAACUCAAGUGCGAUAAGAGAAUGGUACACCUGUACAAUUGUAAAGAGUAACUUGAAAUCGUUGCAGAGGGAACUACAGCGUUAAAAAAUACUGUUCGUUUUAUGUAUAGUGAUUUUUAUGCGUGUAAAAAAUUGUGCGUACAUUGUAUUCUUGGUAAGAAAUUAUUGCACAAUAAUAUCAAACUAGCAAACGAUGAGAUUCGAUGAGUUGUUGUUUUACACGAGACAUUUAACGAUCGAAGUAUUUAUUUGAAAACACAAAUUUACUUCUCACAUGAGAGAGAAACAUUGUCAAAGAUAUGUAUUACGAUAGAAUGUGCUGGGAAAGUGACGAGUAAACAUUUUUUAUUACUUGAAGAAAAUGAGAACGAUUAAAAGAAUGAACGUGAUAAUAAGAAUAAAGUACAAUGCUUUUUUAAAUAUAACAGCACCUACACCCUGCACGCUUCUGAUAAUUUCAUUAUUUAAUGCAAAAACCACUUUACUCUCUUCGAUAAGUUUAUUUUUCGUGUCCUCGUCCAACAUGUCUGCAAUCUUGUUCAUCGUGUCGCGCAUAUUUUGCUUAAGUUCAAAGAUAUUACAUUGAAAAUCUGUAAUGUUAUUACCGACCGCGCGAAUAUUUUUAAACGGUAACACUUUUUGCGUGAGUUGCCGCUUUUUACGUAGAAUAAUUCCUCCGCUAAGAAGACCCAUAUACAGGUGGUAAAUGUAUGCUAUCAGUAAUGUAGGAUCGGUAUCUUCUAUUUCCCUUAAAUGCAUCAAAUAUUUAACAACACUGUCCCUAAAGCAUGAAACAAUGUUAAACAUGGACACUGAACGAAAGAAAUUGAAGUUAUUUAAGAGAGAAAGGAACACACGAAUAUAGAAAUAAUGAGCAACGACGAUAAUUGACUUUACAUUGUUAUAAAAAUGAAUAUAAUUUGUGCAGUAACAGAAGCGAGAAGAGCAUGCGAUUCUAUAGAAUACGAACAUAUUUACUAGUAAAAUCCUGGCAUAAGG